AUGACUUAUGAAAUUAUUUGUAAUUUAAUCUUUAAUAGUUGUAAUUAUCUUCGUGGUUUAACUUAUCAUUGGAAAGAAGAAUUUAAUACUAUCAAAUUAUUGGAUUACACGAAAUUUUCUCGAUUUCAUCAAGUAAUUUAUAAUCUUCGCAUAUUUAAAUUCGAUUAUUGUUGUUUUCCUACUCCAGUUACUCGAAAUCUUCUUUCCACCAUUUCAAAAUUUAAUAAUAAUAUUCAAUAUUUAUUAAUUAACACGGAUUAUUAUGUGGGUUCGGAAUUGAUGAAAAUUAUUUUACAAUUUAUUAAAUCACAAAAAAGGAUUAAAGUACUUUCAAUUAACGUUUGCCUUAAUUUGGAUGUUGAUCCCGAAAUAUUAUAUCAAUCAAUUCAAUUUCAUUCAAAUACCUUAACUCAUUUAAAAUUAGAUGCCAUGAAUGAAUUUGAACAAUUAUUAAAAUUAUUAGUGACUUGUAAAAAUUUAAUAACUUUAGAAAUUUUAGGUUUCGAUCCUGAAAUGAUUCCUUACCUUGAUGAAUUACCUAUUAUCCCUCAAAUUAAUAUUAAAAAUCUUUAUUGUUUACCAAUUAUGAAUAGAAAUCAAAAAGGAAAUUCUAGUGAAAUUCAAUUAUUUUCAAUUAUUUAUCUUCUCAAAAUGACAAAUUUUAAUCUUAAAUCUUUUACUUAUUUAGCUAAUUGUACACCAAAUCUUAUGAACAUUAUUAAAUAUAAAUGUUCAAAUAUUACUCAUCUUACAUUUCUUUUAUCCGAAGAAAAAAAUAUUCUUGAUCUUUGUGAUCUCUUAAUGAAUUUACCAAAUUUAGAACAUUUAUCAUUAAAAAUAAGUUCAUCCGAUUUAGAAAUUUCCGAUAAAUUCAUUAUUCAAAAAUUAGCUAUCUCAAUUCCUUAUACUUUAAAUACUUUAGGAAUUUAUUUCUUUUUAACUACCGAAUGUUUGAAAAUUUUAUUAACCAAUUGUAAAUCAGUUAUUAGAGUUUUAACUUUACCUUGUAAAUAUUAUUAUAUAACUGAUGAAAUAUUUGAAAUUCUCAAAAAUUAUUAUUAUGAAAAAGUGAAUGAUCUUGAUCAUGAUCAAGAUUAUUGUUUAAAAGAAUUUCGAUAUUCUUUAUUUUCUGAAGGCAACAAUGCAUCCAUUUCUAUUAAACAUAAUGAAAAUAUUCAAAAAUUAAAAUCAUUUAUUCCGAUUGUCGAUGUGGCAAAUUCAUUUUCUACUCCUUUUUAUGGUGAUGCUUUCGCUCAAGCUUACACAAAAGAAAUUACCAAAUUAUUUAAUAAAUUUGAUAGUGACCUUGAAACUGAUUUAUUUAAUAGAGUGUCUGGAAUGAAAAAAAGUACUAAAAAAGAAAUUUAUAAUUCAUGCGUGAAUAUUAUUAGUGAUACCGUGAAAACUUUUGAAUCAAAUCUAGUUAACGUAGUUAAAGAUUCCAUUUUUAAUCAAGAACCUAAAUUCAAAGGUCAAUGUCAAAAUCCUCAUAGAGUUAAGCAACCACCUAAAGGUGUUAAUUGGACUUUAAGUGAUUGUCAAAAGCAAGAUUAUAUUUGUGGGAAUCCUCCAGCGAUUUGUCAUUUUAUGGAGUCUAUAGUGAAACCAAGAAAUGUCAAGAACAUUAAUAAAAAUUUCAUUACAACCUUUACAAAAUCCUCCACAUUUUUAAAUAAAAUCUCUAACUUAAUUUCAUCAAAAGUAGAUGACAAAAGUAAAGCAAAAGCUAUCAUCAAUAACUUUAAUAAUUCUCUUAACAAUUUUCAAAAAAACGUUUUUAGUAAAAACUUUUGUACUAAAAAAGUUUGCGAUCAUUACGAUAAAAAUAUUAAAUUAUUACUUUUAUCUUUUCCUUAA